AUGGAGCAUGAAAAGCAGCUCAAAACAGACGGCGCCGUCGACGUCGAUGUCGACGUCCUGGAUCGCACCACUUCCGGCAUCCAACAAGGAGUUCUCUACGAAAAUGCUGACAACUUACACCGCCGCCUGGGCAACAGACAGAUUCAGCUGAUGGCCAUGGGAGGAAGCAUUGGAACCGCCAUCUUCAUCAGCAUUGGGAAUGCCCUCGCUGCCGGCGGCCCGGGGAGCUUGUUGAUCGCGUAUACCCUCUACACGCUGGUCUUGAUCUGUAUCAACAACUGCGCUGCUGAAAUGACCAUCCAACAUCCUGUGUCUGGAGGCUUCAUCCGUCUUGCCGGCAAAUGGGUCGAUGAUGCACUUGGAUUUAUGGUUGGAUGGAACUUUUUCAUCUACGAGGCACUCCUGAUACCUUUUGAGAUCACGGCGCUCAACCUCGUGAUACAUUUUUGGACCGACAAGAUCCCAGUCGCGGCAAUUUGCGUGAUCUGUAUCGUUUGCUACGGUGCUCUCAAUAUCUUGGCCGUCCGGGUCUACGGAGAAGCCGAGUUCUGGCUGUGUAGCGGCAAAGUACUCCUGCUUAUCAUGAUGUUCUUCUUCACCUUCAUUACCAUGGUCGGCGGCAACCCGCAAGGCCACGCGUACGGAUUCCACAGCUGGAAGGUCGCAGGUGCCUUCGCGGAGCAUCGAACGACCGGCUCCUUAGGCCGCUUCGAGGGCUUUUUAGCCUGUCUGUGGUCCGCGUCCUUUACGAUUGUUGGACCCGAGUACGUCUCGAUGGCGGCGGCGGAAGCGAAACGACCGCGCAUCGUCGUUAAGAACGCUUUCAAGAUGGUCUACUGGCGCUACUUCUGCUUCUUCGUUCUUGGGGCGCUCUGUGUCGGGAUCGUGGUUCCAUGGAACGACCCGACACUACAAGCUAUCCUCGCUGGGACGAGCUUGAAAUCCGGCGCCGCGGCGUCGCCCUACGUUAUUGCUAUGACGAACAUGGGCAUCGGCGUCUUGCCACACUUCGUCACCGCGCUGAUCUUGACCUCCAUCUUCUCGGCAGGGAACACCCUCACCUACUGUGGGACGCGGUCGCUCUACGGUCUCGCCCUAGAAGGUCGUGCGCCUUCGAUCCUACGCCGGACCACGAAAUCGGGCGUGCCUAUCUAUGCCCUUGCCGUCACUAUGUGCUUCCCAUUCCUCUCCUUCCUACAAACGUCCAACAGCUCCUCUACCGUCCUGACCUGGCUGAUCGACCUAAUCACCGCAGGCGCCCUGAUCGACUACCUCGUCGUGUGCAUCACUUUCCUCUGUUUCUACCGCGCCUGUAAGGUCCAGGGUCUCGACCGUAGGAGCCUGCACUAUUUUGGCUGGUUCCAGCCAUACUGCGCCUGGAUUGGCGUUGUCACUAUGAUCAUUGUCCUCUUAUUCUACGGAUACACCGCCUUCGCGCCCCCGACCGUCGCCGCCUUUUUCCAAAACUACACCAUGCAGCUCGUCGCCCCGAUCCUCUACCUCGGCUGGAAGCUGCUUAAGCGUACCAAGAUGAUCAAGCCCGAGGAAGUCGAUCUGGUCUGGGAAAGCCCGGUCAUCGAUGCCUAUGAGGAGGGUUUUCAGGGCGAGGUCGUUGGAUUCUGGACCGAGAUGGCGCAGAUAUUCAGGUUCAGGAGACAUAAGAAGAAUAGCCAGAAGGACUGA